UAGUGUCCGUGAACGCGCAUGGACUCGUGAGCAACUGAAGUGAGCUGCGGAUCAGACAGCACUAGUUAGUGAGAUUUAGCUGCUGGUUUGAGGAGUAAGCAGUGCUGUCAAUCUUUGGGAAUAUGCAGUUAGAACUUGAAGUGCAUCUUCAAAUCUUAUUGGCUGUUGGCUUGGCCGUUCUCUGUUUCUGUCUGGUGAUUGGUUGCAUCGUCUGCCUUUGGCUUCAUAAGUCCCGCCCUACAGAUGAUAAGGAGGCGGGGCUUUCCUUACCUCCUCUACCUGCAGCUCAUGUGACUCUAAGCCCCUCCCCUGCCAUCAACACCCUGCCAAUCAAACAGCAGUAUGAAGAGCUGGACGGAGACGUUCUGGACUCUCCCUCAUUUAACAGCAGCUCGACGCCGUCAGAAGAUGAUCUUUCUUUACCAUAUUAUCCUAUCAAGUCUCAUUUCAAUCUACGGCGGCUCAGCUCCCCCGCUGUUCCCUACAAACCCUCUAAACCUGUCCGUGGUCGUUCCUCGCUCCCGAUUAUUCCUAAGCUCGGCUUGGUUAGGAAGUCACGCCGGGUGGUUGAUCACAAAAGCGGUGAUGACAUUUCGUUUUCAGAAAGGAGCAAGCUUAACGCAGACAGCGGCCGACAUUAUGGCUCCGGCUCUCACAAACCCACACCUUCCCUUCACUUCACCCUUGUUUUCUCACCAGCUGAGGGCAAACUCACCGUCACCGCUCUGGGUCUCUACCGCGGCUCUAGGAAGCUGAGCGGGACUAUGGUGAGGGCCUGUCUGCCUCCGCUUUGCCCCACGCUGCUUCAGGGCGGCCCGACACGCAGACACAGCCUCGGUCCCGAGGCUCCAGCGCAGGUGCUCCAGCUUCAGGUGAAGUCAGCAGAGGAGCUCCAGUCCUGUACCCUCAGACUGACCGUGUCCAGCAGGGAUUUCUCAGGUCUGAGAGAGACGGCUGUGGGUGAACUCGAACUGGCAUGUGCCGAAAUCCACUGGGAACCCGACUGCACCCUCACCUUUAAUCGUCAACUCAACCCUGUGAGGAGGAGGCUGAGGAAGAGUCAGAGUUCCCAGAAUGCACUGGGGGGCGUCGGGGCUUCUGUUUGUCCGGUGCGCUUUCUGGGUCAGAUCCUGAUUCUGCUGCAGUAUCAGACGCUGGCGCACCGCAUGAAGGUGAUGGUGAGGAAAGCUGAGAACCUCCCCAAACUCACCAGGAUGCCUGGCACUCCAGAUCACUAUGUCGUCAUCAACCUGCGUCAGGACGGUAACGUCAUCAGCACUAAAGAGACGAAGGGUGCCAGUGGAGCGAACGCGGUUUGGAACGCACCCUUUCUGUUUGACCUGCCGGCGGGGAACAUCCUCGGACUGCCGCUGCUUCUGGAGCUCCUCGUGAUGCAGGGAAGGCUGUACACGAAGAGUUGCAUUCUGGGUCGUGUUCUGAUUGGCUGCGGAGGUUCUGAAGCAGGAACCCAGCACUGGAGUGAGAUGUGCAGCAGGGCGCAGGUGGAGACGGCAUGCUGGCACGAACUCCAACCAAACCCCUUAUAGGCCAGCGAAGUUUGAUUGACAUGCCCCUGAGCCAAUAGAAUCGCUCUCUGUAACACUUCUCAUUGAUGGAUUUUGGGAUGGAGCUGCUGAAUCUGGUUUGAGACUUGAGGAAAGUUUGUGUUGA